UGACGGGAGCCUGCUGGAUGGACUGGUGGGCAAACCUUGAGAUGGUGGAAGAGACACACUCAGAGCAGGACAAGGACAUCAUGAAUGUUCAUGAUUUCACAAAUACACCACGUCUUGAAUUGAGGUAAACACUGUCAAUUAGUGCACUACUGCUUGAAAAAACAUUUCCUGCAAAUGCACUGUCCAAUGUUCUAACCCCUCCCCAUAAAUUUAGAGUGCAGUUUUAGAGUCGGAUUGAUAACGCUCUAUCCAGAUAGGCAGCGACGCCAAGGGUGACACGUUCUGAUGGUACUGUUCUAUCAAAUAUGCCUAUGCUCCGCCACGGUAGGUAGCAGUAUGGCACCAUAGAAGACAACCGCGCUAGUACAGGAAGAAGAAGCUAACAUUCAUUUCCGUAAAUAAAAUCGGUCACCAUUUUCUCUUCCUGUUGUGAAGUAAGCGGCAUGGAGAAGGCACGUUUCAUUUUGUCACGAUCGAAACAGCCUUUUGCAUCGCAAAUAGAAUUGUAGCUAUCUGUACAAUAUUUCCUUUGAUUGGUAAGAAUGAAGCCUUUCAAAUUCAUUACUAUCAAACUAAAGGUAGCUAGCACAUUUCUAGCUAACUAGCAAGCAUUUGGUAACUGUAUUGUUUUGUCAAGCUUUCACAUUAGCUACUAAAUGACAGUCUUUUCCUUAUGUUUCACAAUACUUGCUCACCACUCUGUAUCUCAGUCAAUUUCCUCCCCAGCGCGUGUGUGUAAAGCAUGGAGAUUGAGGGGAGAGAUUUCAUGAACACUCCCCCAUUGAAGACGGUGCGGUUUGGGGGCAAUGUUGUUGCCACGUUAGCGAAAUUCAAACAGGUGAGAUUUCCCAUCCAGUGACACCAAACAUAUGGAUGCCUAAAACACUUAUGUGAUUCACUCUGUAAUGCAGAUAAUGUAGUUAUAAGCUCGUAUACAUAUGACAGUAUUUGCUGCUGGUUGUUUGUUUUUCAAGGGAGACACCAGUGACUAUGAGUUGUUGAAACAUCAGCUGGCAGAUCCAGAUAUCAAGGUAAACAGACAUGACUAGCAGUUAGGCUACAUGUACAGUGUAACAAGGAAAAUGUUCCAGUUCCAGAGGUCUUACUGAUAACGGAGUGUCUUCCUUUUUUUUGACAGGAUGCCCAAAUCAUCAACUGGCUGCAGGAGUUCCGGAACUGUGUGACACAACUCAACAAAGACCAUGAGCAGCUGAUCUAUGUGGCUCUGGUGAGGAUGGAACACUUGAAUCAAGAGAUGGACAGUACUGCCCAGGCCAGGAACAGUUUGCUAAUGCCGACUCUACCCCUUGUGUCUCUCUGUGUACCAGAGACUGCCGUGGCUGGGCCGAAGCCCUGCCGUAGUGGAGGAGUAUCUGGCCUUCCUCAGUAACCUGGUAUCUGCUCAGACGGUCUACCUCCGGGCCUGCCUCAAGAUGGUCGUCUCCAACUUCACACCCAGUGAGUUCCUGUCUGCGUGGACAGUCUGAUAACUCAAUAUGGCUACUUUGAAGACCUGUUGUUUUUCCUUCCUUUCCAGAGAGAGUAAAGAUCUGUGAGGGAGGAGUGGACAUCUCAGACUCGGAUGAUGACGAUGAAAGUAGGUGUUACUGUUCCAUUACUGUUUGCAAUGGAAAACCAAGAUUGUUCAACGGACAGUCCCUGAAAUGUUUCAUUGAAAUACACACUGCAGUAAAUUCAUAGUGAGCUGAGAAUGCGGUUGGUAAAAGGCUGCUCCGCUCAUCCUUUUAGGGAAACUAAGCACACUUCUAAAGUCCUUGAAGAGUGAGGAUGAUAAGAGGGGAGGUGAGGUGUAGAUAAGAUAAUAGAUGGAGACUCUAGCACUGGUGACUUCCACUGCAGGAGACCCACCCCUUAGGGUUACUGAUUUUUUGUCAGACUGACUACUUUCGUUGACGUUGAACGUUACAGAACCAUGUUCCAUUACAAUAUAAAGGGUAGAAUGACACCCAGUUCACAGAUCCAACUUGUUCAACGUUGGAUGUUAGUUCAAAACGGCGAAUACUUUUUUUCAUUUAUGCACAAUUUUAACCCUUUCUCUUCUUUCUUGAUUUUUGAAGACCUUCCCAGAGAUUUUGACCAGUGUCAUCAGGCCCUGCAGCUGAUAGCCAGAUAUGUCCCAUCGUAAGUAGCCAUAAGACAAUCCUACAACAUGUUGCUGGAUCCUUGCCUGUUUUGCGUGUGUCAAGUGAAGUAGCCUUAAUUGUAUUUUUGGGGUCUGACCUUGGGAAUUGUUGACCCCCAAUGCAGACUGGUAACAAACAGUUUUUUCUCUCCUUCUCAUUUCAGCACCAGCCAUUUCCUGAUGCCCAUUCUGAUUGAAAACUUUCCUUUUGUGCAGAAAUCUUCCAGAACCCUGGUAAGCAGUGGCUACAGUAGCCUCGUGUUUUUUUGUGGUAUUUUUUAUUUAUUUAUUGUCAGAUUGUUGUACGGUAUGGUUGUUUCUCUCUCCCCAGGAGUGUUAUGUCCAUAACCUUCUGCGGGUGGCGGUGUACAUCCCCUCGCUACGACGAGACAUCCUGGAGCUCAUCAUCAGUAGGAUGCUCAAACUGGACGUAAGUGUGUGUGUGUUAGUUAAGUCACAGUUGCUGCUGUGUGUGUGUGUGUGUGUGUGUGUUGGCUUUCCAGUUCUUCGCUGAGAAAUAGGUGGUUUUUGUGUGCUAAUACUGUGUGUUGUGUUCCAGGUGAGUGCUCCUCGGGGAGAGAUAGAGGAGGUGGAGGAGAACGCUGUGCAGCAGGAGAUGAAAGGAGAGCAGGAGGAGGAGGGCCUCUUUGACAUGGUGACUGACUAGACCUGCUAGGGUUUACAUACGAUAGUCACUGGUGUGAUAGUUCUCCAUUUUGCGAUUGAUGUGGUGUGAAGUUCCCCUCAUAUCUCUCUCCCCUGUCUCUUUCUCACACAGGAUGAGGAUGUGUGUUCAGUGAAGUCCAGUCCAGCAGAGACCAAUGUGAUGGUCCACCCUGUCGCUGAGAGACUAGACACUCUCAUGGCUGUGCUGCUGGCCUUCAUCAAGGACAUGUGCCAUGUCAACGGUGAGCACAGGGGCUUCACACACACUCACUAGACAUAUGACAACACAGUGCUGUGCUUACGCUGCUCCCUUUCUCUCUCCCCUUCCACCCCUCCAUCUCUCUCCCCUUCCACCCCUCCAUCUCUCUCCCCUUCCACCCCUCCAUCUCUCUCCCCUUCCACCCCUCCAUCUCUCUCCCCUUCCACCCCUCCAUCUCUCUCCCCUCCAUCUCUCUCCCCUCCCUACUCUCUCUCUGGCAGGUUGUCUGGAUGUGGAGCGGACUAAGGAUCUGUACAAGGACCUGGUAUGUGUGUUUGACAAACUUAUCCUACCUACACACGCCUCCUGUCACGUCCAAUACGCCCUCUUCUACCUCUGCAGCUUCAGACUGGUCAGUACUCGCAACAGUGUGCGGCUGUAUAGUAGUCACAUUUUAUAGAACGGUUGAGUGGGUAAAUCGAUUGAUUGAUUGGCUGUGUGUGUGUUUGACCCCUCUCUCCCCCUCUCAGGCUCUGGCAGAGGCGUUUCUGGAACACCUGUGGAGGUUACUGCAGAGCCCGUCUCACCCGGCAGUACUGCGCCAGGCUGCCGCUGGCUACAUGGGCAGCUUCCUGGCCCGUGCCAACUUCCUGCCCGUCGCGUGAGUCACACCCUCUGUCCUCCUAAAUAUUCAAAAGUUUAUUUUUGCUGUUCAGAAAGAGAUCAAUAGAGCAUGUUGGGGUGUGGUUGGUUCUAUGCAGUAUACUCUCUGUGGUCCCUCCUAACUCCCUAACUAAGUUCCUCUACCAUUCUCUGACUGUGUUGUCCGUCCUGCAGUACAGUGCGUGCGUGUCUGGACCUGCUGGUCCCCUGGCUUCACCUAUACAUAGACAGCCAGGACUCCGGCUCCCGGGCCUACUGUGACAUCACGCUGCACGGGCCCUUCUACAACGCCUGCCAGGCCGUCUUCUACGCACUCCUCUUCAGACACAGAAGCAUUCUGGAGGGCAACAUGAGGAAAGGUAGGGGAAAACACAUACUUACACACACAAUCAAAUUGUUUUGUAUCAAUUGGUAUGAAUAUCUCACUGGCCUGGCAAUCUGUGUUUCUGUGGGAAGGUGCUCUCUACCAGUGUCCAGUAUUAUAUAACUGUGUGUCUGUGUUUCCCUCCCAGGGCUGGCGUACCUGCAGGGUCUGAACCUAGAGAGGAUAGUGAUGUGUCAGCUCAACCCUCUGAAGGUCUGCCUGCCUGCCGUCACCAACAUGUUUGCUGCCAUCACCAGGUACAGUGGUACACCAACCAACCACCCUGUCAGCCAGUCACACAUCAAUUACAGUCUGCUACAGCACUGUGUUUCUGUCUGUCUGCUUCUAAAAAUGUGAAGUGGUUGUUUGACCCAGACGUAUAUCCAUCCAUCCACAGAAAGUACCAGUUGGUGUUCUGCUAUACAAUCAUCGAGAGGAACAACCGCCAUGUUCUCCCUGUGGUCCGCAGUUCCGUGGGGGGCGACUGUGUGUCCACCAACACCAACCCCCUGGACAGUUUCUUCCCCUUCGACCCCUACCUGCUCAAGAGGUAACCCAUGAACCCUUCCCAGCAACCACUUAUCAGUAGGCACAAAACAGGAGAAAUUGGUUGGAAAUGGCAGUAGUACAACCUGAACUUGUCCAAGAACAGCGUUCAUUUUCCAUUUCUGAUGGGGUUUCAUUUCUCUCCUCUCUAGGUCAAGUAAACUCAUCGAGCCCCUCUACCAGGUGUGGGAGGAGCCAGCAGACACUGAAAUGGACACUGUCACCACCAAGAGAGUCAGAAGGGUAAAACACAGACGCUCUUGUAUUCUUUAACGCACACACAUGAUUGGAUGCUGUGUGUCUCCCUAUUGGUUGUUUUUGUGGUUUGAUUGGCUGUUUUCUCUUGAUUCAGUGCUCGGAUGCAGAUGAGGAUGACUUCCUGCGAGGGGAGACGCCGGAGACAAAGGGGGUUGUGGGUAUGACCCCCGGCUCGUAUGAGUCUCACCUCCGCAGCCCCAGCAGUGUGGGCUCCCCACCCAUCGCCUUCCUACAGAGACCCUUCUGAUACCCCCUUAUUUAACAUGGACUCAUCCACAACACCCUGUAAAAUGGACUAUUCCACAAUCCAGAGCGCCAUCAUACAGAGACACCCAGCUUUAAAAUGUUCAAAUGGAAUAUGAUAUUAUCUUACUAUAGACCAUUCUGAUUUUGACCCCCCUUUUUAAAUGGAUUUGUCGGAUCCUGCUGUUUAAAAUGGACGGGUCCAUCCUCUUCAUCUUCCCUAUCAUCACUGAAGAGCAGUAUCAAUGGGAAUCAUCUGGAACCAUCUACAAUCACCACCCCAUCAAGAACCUACUCCAGGACGCAAAAGAUUAUGAACACAAAGUGUACAAUGCGUGGCUAGAGCUAUUCAUUUUAUAAUAAUGGUUCUAUGUUAUAACAGUUAACAUGUUAUAAGUGGUUAAUAGUAAAUAGCUAGUUCAUUUAACUCAACUGUGGAAAGAAAAUGUAUUUGUUUUAUCUAGGAUGGGAAAAUCUUAAGUAGAUUUUGUGUUCUUAGCGAAGUUAAAACUGUAUUACUCAUUGUUAGUUUUUCUCUGACACUUUCAAUUGUUUAUUGAUUUUGGUUGUCUCUGAUCUACAAUUUGUAUCAAGUUCUGAACAUCACAUUUCAUGAUUUGUAUCAUUUUACAGAUUGUAAACAUAAAGUUCCCUUAUUGAAAUUCUUCUUAACCAGAACAGAUACUUGUGUGAAGGGUCACCUGCAGUAGAUGAAAAAGGAAACCUCCUUCUGUAAACCUGUGCUUGUAUUUAUGGAGGAUCAAUUACAUAGUUGACAUACAAUACCCUGUAAAUAAAAGUUAACCUAUUUGUGGAUUGACAGAAAUUCAUUUAUUGUAAAAAAUGAUCAGUCGGGAACUUUACAAGUACGUCCUGCCCCACUAUGUUGCACUGUAACACACACCCUCUCAGGUAGGAUUCUCAGAGGGUGUUUGCUUUGCGUAUAAAAAUACGGAAACACUUUCUCUGUGAACUUGUGUGAGAAAGAGUAAAGGGGUGUAUCGUUGUCAUCAGCAGGGUCAAAGAAAGACACUUGGCCCUUGUCCCAGUCCAGUUGCACUCUGACCCUCUUGAGUUUCCCUGUGACUGUCAAGGCUGUUGGAGGUGAGGUCAUCGCUCUGUACUCCCUGUCUCGCAGACAUAUGGUCCAAAACCCGUUCUCCGGCCGGGCCUGGACCUCCACAUUCCUGGUGACAGACAUACAGGCCACACCCAGAAUCCAGUCGUCAUUACAUCCUGUUUCCACUACCCAGCAGUGGCUUCCUGAGCUGAGCCCGGUCAUGCCCAGGACCUCUGCACUCAUGUGGAAUCGCUCAGGGUUGUCAGGGAGACGUUGGGGCUGGCUGGUGUACUGAAGGGACGUGAGGUCAUGUGACAGGAAGAGGCAGGGGUGGGCUGUGAUUGGGUCCAAGGUCACAGGAACUGAAAAGGAGGAGGAGGAAAUGGGCCAGAGACAGGAAAAGGGUUUGGGUCACUCACCACUGUUUUAGCUUCUCUCCGCCAGGUUAAAAUGCUGUGGGAGUUACCUCCUUAUCUCCUCAGCUCUGUUAACCAUUGAAAUGUACUCACUGUAUUCAACAUGCAGGAGCAUUUUCUUCCAGACUCUGUACUUGAGGUUACAGAGGUGCUUGGCCACAUCAAUCAACGCCCCUGAAAUCCUCUCUGGACCCUGCCCUGUGCACUGGGCUCUGAAAUGACAAAAUAAUAAAUUUGUCCUGUUCAGUAUUCCACAGCAGAGAGAGGGAGGAAAAAAGAGAGUGAUAGACAGAGAUGUGGGGGAUUUCAACAUACCUCUCUAUAGUGGCUUUAAAGUUCUGAAAAGCAAAGAAAGUGUAAUAUUGAGGCUGAAUAAAAAAACUCCCAUCCUCUCCUCAAAAAUGAUUGUUCUGGCUUUAUUUAAUUUGAGUGUGUGAUGUGUAAAUUGUGAGAGUGCAAACCUGGAGCAAUGUCAUGUCUUCAGCACCUGUCAUCUCCUGUGUUAUGACUGUAAUAGUCUCUGUGAGGUAUAGCAUCCCUGCUGCAGCCUCUGUCAUCAUACUCUUCAUCACCCCUAUCUUAUCCUCUUCCUCCUCCUUCAGAGCAGCUAACCUCGCUGCCUCUUCAUCAUACAGGAACAGGUGGAGUUUCACAAACUGAUCCUUUAUCUGCCUCUCUGUCUCCAGGGCCUGAUUCUAAGGGGCAAGUAGAGCACAACUUGAUGGAUUUGAGUUCAUUUGAAUGAAAAGGACAUGUAGAUGACAUCUGUGGAGAUUACCUUAAUGGGCUCAAGCAUCUCUUCAGAGGUUCCCUU